UGACGAUGUCUCUGCGUCCCUGUCGUCGGAUGUUGAGUAUCAUUUACGAGAGAUCAUCCACGAAGCCAUCAAGUUCCAGCGACACUCGCGCCGGUCGACGCUCAGCACUAUCGACGUAAACAACGCACUCCGUGUGAAGAACGUAGAGGUAUGUACGUAA